AUGAGAGACGAUACCCGGACUUUCGGGUUUUACUACGAGAUAGGAUUGAGGCAUUACGCUUUUGCCCUCUAAGUUUUUGGCGCUGUUGCCGGGGACUGCCAUACCAUAUUUUUGUUGAUUUUUUUAGUGAAAUAUUUUGAUAUGGGUGUUAGUGUGCAGAAGAAUUUUCAGGUUUAUCCUCCUCGUGCAUGCCUAGGAGGACGACUGGCAAUUUACUGCCACUAGAUCCGGAGAUCGAGAAGACCUGCCAUCAGAACAAGAAGCAGGUCAAGUUAGGGAAGCAACCAACCACAACUCCUAGGACUUCCCUAACCCAGAGAGGGUAGGCUUCAUCACCUGCCGUCCCUACACCACCGACACCACCACCACCACCGCGCGUCAUCGAGCCUGUCAUCAUGGCAGAGGAGGAUCGUUCGAUCAGGGCUCGCUUGAAUCGACGGACAGGAGCCCGAGCUUCAUGUGUUGUCAUUCCGGUUGGGGAUGCAACCAUGGAGAUUACCCCAUCAUUUAUCAACAUGAUCACCAAUGGGUAUACUUUCUCUGGGGCUAGCAAUGAGGAUCCUCACGAGCAUCUCUGCCGGUUCGUGAGCAUUUGUGAUACGAUGAAGAGCCCAAAUGUGUCAGAUGAUGCAAUCAACCUACGGAUGUUCUCAUUCUCUCUAUUAGGGAAUGCAUCACACUGGUUUCAGAACAUAACACCUCGAUCCAUCACAACAUGGGCUCAGCUUGAGAAGGCAUUUCUGGAUAAGUACUUCCCACCUGCCUUGGCAAUGAAGAGGCAAGAGGAAAUUGUUACUUUUAAGCAAGUAGAAGAUGAGAGUCUAACUGAGGCAUGGAAGCGCUAUAAGGGGAUAUUGAUGAGAUGCCCAAGCCAUGGUCUUGAAGAUUGGAAUGUGAUCAUUAUUUUAUUCAAUGGAAUCAAAAGGGAGUUUCGUGAUGCCCUGAAUAAUGCUUCUCGAAAUGGUUUCACAAGAAUGGAGGCACCAGCAGCAUAUGACCUAAUAGAGAAGAACUGUUCAGAAGCCACUGAAUGGGUUAGUGAGACCAGUAUUCGAAGAAGAGGAGGCUUGCAUGAGAUAGAUAGAGUUGCGAGUCUAGAAGCCAAGAUAGAUGCCAAGCUGGAUUCUAAGUUUGAUGCAUUCGAAUGAAGUUUGGCCAAGAUUGCUCUGGGUAGACAAGAGGAGGUUGCUUCAUGUGAACUUUGCGAGGGUCCUCAUCAUAGGGAUAUGUGUCUACUGGGAGCUGCUCAGUUGGAAGAUGUCCAAUAUAUCAAUAAUCCGCGAAGUCAAGGCCAGGGUGGUAUGCAUUCAAAUACAUAGAACCCUCAAUGGAGACAUCACCCCAAUAUGUCAUGGUCAAACAAUAAUCCAGCUGGUGUUUCAAACACCCCACCUCCUGGUUUUCAACAGCAACAACCUCUACCAGAGAAGAAGCCCCAGCUAGAGGAGUUGAUUUUGGCUCAUAUGCAGAAAACAAACAAUAAUUUCAAGGGUCUUGA